CCUCCUCCUCUUCUUCCUCCUCCUCGUCCUCCCAUCGGCCGACACCCGCCGGGGCGCGAGGGCUUCUGGGAGCGCCCGCCGUCGAGGCCUGAGGGGACGAGCACGAGGAGCGCGAGCCGCCGAGGCGCAAGGGCUUCUGGGAGCGACAGCCGCCGAGGCCUGAGGGGACAAACAUGGAGGACGCUGAGGAGAAGGACAUGGAGGACCCCAAGGAGCGCCAGACGGCGAGGCCUGAGGGGAAACAUGUGGAAGACCCCGAGGAGCCUGGGCCGCUGAGGCGCAAGGACUCCUGGGAGCGCCAGCCGUCGAGGCCUGAGGGGAUAAACAUGGAGGAGCGCGAGCCGUCGAGGCCUGAGGGGACGCACGUGGAGGACUCCAAUGAGCGCCAGCCGUCGAGGCCUGAGGGGGCAAACAUGGAGGACCCCGAGGAGCACGAGCCGUCGAGGCCUGAGGGGACACACAUGGAGGACUCCAAGGAGCGUGGGCCGUCGAGGCGCAAGGACUCCUUGGAGCGCCAGCUGUGGAGGCCUGAGGGGACGAACAUGGAGGACCCCGAGGAGCGCGAGCCGUCGAGGCCUGAGGGGACGCACGUGGAGGACUCCAAUGAGCGCCAGCCGUCGAGGCCUGAGGGGACACACAUGGAGGACCCCAAGGAGCGUGGGCCGUUGAGGCGCAAGGAUUCCUGGGAGCGCCAGCCGUCGAGGCCUGAGGAGCGCGAGCCGUUGAGGCCUGAGGGGACGCACAUGGAGGACUCCAAUGAGCGCGAGCUGUCGAGGCCUAAAGGGGCACACGUGGAGGACCCCAGGGAGCGUGGGCUGUUGAGGCGCAAGGACUCCUUGGAGUGCCAGCUGUUGAGGCCUGAGGGGACAAACAUGGAGGAGCACGAGCUGUCAAGGCCUGAGGGAACACACAUGGAGGACUCCAAUGAGCGCAAGCCAUCGAGGCCUAAGGGGACACACAUGGGGGACUCCAAGGAGCGUGGGCCGUUGAGGCGCAAGGAUUCCUGGGAGCGCAAGCCGUCAAGGCCUGAGGGGACACACGUGGAGGACUCCAAUGAGUGCGAGCCAUCGAGACCUAAGGGGACACACAUGGAGGACCCCAUGGAGUGUGGGCCGUUGAGGCACAAGGACUCCUGGGAGCGCCAGCUGUCGAGGCCUGAGGGGACAAACAUGGAGGACCCCGAGGAGCGUGAGCCGUUGAGGCCUGAGGGGACUCCCAUGGAGGACCCCAGGGUGCGUGGGCCGUUGAGGCGCAAGGACUCUCGGGAGCGCCAGCCGUCGAGGCCUGAGGGGACAAACACGGAGGAACCGAAAGAGCUCAAACCUCUGAGGCUCAAGGAGCAAGAGUUGUCGAGGCCUGAGGGGCCGGCCGUGGAGGAGCACGAAGGGCGCGAGGCGUCGAGGCUUGAGGGGCCGGACAUGGAGGGUCACGAGUCGUCGAGGCCCGAGACGGAAGAGCACAGGUCUUCGAGGCCUGAGGGGACGGAGGAGGGCGUCCGGCCUUGUCCCGAGGCCCCGGGGGAGGGGCUGAGCGCCCGCGAGUACUCACGGCAGGUGCACGAGUGGCUAUGGCAGGCCUACUGCGGCUACCUCAGCUGGCACGGCGGGCUCCUCGCCUUGCCCCCCAACUACUGCAACCCCCCGGACCCGUCGCAGACCCCCUACCACAACCCCUUCUUCUUCCUCCCGGCCGAGCCACCGCUGCCCGCCGCCCACCCUGCCACCCACCCUGCCACCCCUGCUGCGGGGCCCCGGCCUCCCAGCUGGGCGGGCCCGGACGCCAGGCUCCCCCAGGGGACUCGGGCAGUGGCGGCCGGCAACCCCCGCCCCCCACCCCAGCCGGGUUCCAGUGGUCAGCCGGCAGGUCGGGAGUAUGCUAUUCCAUCCUUGGCACACAGAUUCGUAGCAGAGAUGGUGGAUUUCUUUAUUCUCUUCUUCAUAAAAGCCACUAUUGUCCUAAGUAUUAUGCAUCUCAGUGGGAUAAGGGACAUUUCCAAGUUCGCUAUGCAUUAUAUAAUAGAAGAAAUCGAUGAAGACACUUCAAUGGAAGACUUGCAGAAAAUGAUGGUGGUGGCUCUGAUAUACCGAUUACUCGUUUGCUUCUAUGAGAUCAUUUGCAUAUGGGGAGCAGGAGGAGCCACCCCAGGGAAAUUUCUGCUGGGCCUUCGUGUCGUGACGUGUGACACAUCUGUACUGAUUGCUCCAAACCGGGUUCUGGUGAUUCCUUCCUCCAAUGUUACCAUAACAACGUCCACAAUACGAGCCUUGAUCAAGAAUUUUUCUAUUGCUUCCUUUUUUCCUGCUUUCAUCACACUGCUCUUUUUCCAGCACAACCGAACAGCCUAUGACAUCGUGGCAGGAACCAUCGUGGUAAAAAGGAAUGGGGUUAGAUGAUGCCAAACCUCCUCAGUGACCCCAAACUCCACUCUCUUGGACUAGCUACAGGACUACAGUUUUGUAACGUGGCCCUCACUACCCAGGGGUUAGAUGGAAAGCUCUGGAAUUAAAAAAACUCCCGAGCGAUGCCGGGAUCUUUCCAAAAAUAUCGAUUUCAUUUGAGAAUGCCAAAGAACUCUCCCCUAGAAGAGAAACGAGCCUCGUGCCAUCGGACGAUGGAUUCACAAUCCAUUUCGGCCCUACUUCCUCACGGUCUAAGAAAAUGGUAAUUUGCUGGAAGGAAUUUCAACUCGGUGAAAUUUCCACAGUGUUUUUGGUGUCCGGAAAGAAAUGGAGGAGGCUGUCCCAGUUGUGUUUUGUAAACACCUGCAGAAUUCGCCUAAAAAGGUAAAUGCCAACAGAGAAGAUUGUGUUAAUGCCAGUAUUUGUUGUCUUGUUGAAGGGAGGGCGGGAGGAAAGUGAACCAAUUAGGGGAAAGAGGGAGUUAGUUACCUCACCCUGAAAGCGGUUUUAAGCAUUUUAUGCCAGGACGAGUGUACCUUUACCACUCUCUACACUUUUGCCAAAUAUGUACUUUGAGGAGUUUUGCAUGAUGAUGAUCAAAACUUUAUGUAUUACAUAUUAUCAAUGAAUUUUUACAGAAGGCAAGUUAACUUAAAUCUUGAGCCGAAUUUUAAAUUGAUGUACAAGUGGUUUCUGGGCCUUCUAAAAUGAACACUAAGGAUUGUACUUAAUGGUGAAUGAAUUACUUUUGAUGCACAUAAACAAUACUGUUAAUUCAUACAAUAUUCAAGGGCAUAUUGCAGCAUGAAGAAAAUAUUCUUAAUGCAUUUCAGCAUGAGACGGGCAGCUUUACUUUCUAUAUAACUGCCUAAUCAUAGUUGCAGUUGAACUGCAUCGAUGUUGAAUAAAGACUCAACUUCGGUUACAAAACAGGACAGCGAUUUCUAGAAUGCUUACAUUUUGUACCACAGUUAAAAGGCAUUUCUAGGUGACAAAAUGGGUCGCACGUGGUGGUGGGCUUCCUCACUCCCCCCUUUGGCAGUUGAGUUGUAGCAACCAGGCUGAUCGGCAACUCUCUCCCCCCCAGGAACUUAGAUUUGUCAGUCAACCUCGUACGCGGUGACCAGCAAAUGAAUUCUGAGCCCCAUCCACUGCGUCGGUUUUGAGGAGGUGACUUGUAUCAAUUUAAUGUAACUCGAAAUAUUCACGCUUUUCCUAAGCCCAACUCCAGUGAACUCUUCUGGAACCUUUUUACUAUAAAACUAAUCCCAGUUUGGCUUCAGAAAUGAGCAGCAGCCAGAGCUUCACUGGAGACUAAGUCCACGUGUCUGAUUUAUAAUCUGUUUCUAAACUACUUCCUUUAUCUGAUCGUGUUACUCAUCUCGCCCCGCCGUCUGUACAAUCUGAUUUCUCCAAGGCCGAGCGCUACAUUAUUUGCAGUUCCUGGGAAGAUCCCGGAUGGGAUGGGUCAGUGGGGCGAUUAGCUGGGUUCUGCUAACACGGACUACCCCAGCCUGCCACCUCUGCACAGCAGAAAGGAGGACGGGGCCUGGGUGAGUGAAGUAUAUGACUGCAACCCCCUAAACCCUGCGCUACAAGCGUAAUCCUCAGAGGCAGCCGCCACCUUUUCAUCAUCAUCAAUCAUAUUUUAACCUAUGGCCCAACCUCUUCAACCAAGCGUUCCUGGGCGCAGUUGAUCUCGGCUGGAUGCAGGCCUCUGGACUUGUAAGCUCCUUGUGGGCAGGGAACCCGUCUACCAACUGUGCUCCCAAGUGCUUUGUACAGUGCUGUGCACUCAGUAAGCGCUCAAUAAAUGAAAAACUUCAAUGGAGGCAGGGCUGGAAAGGCAGACUAAGGUCCAGGGAGAAAAGACAUGCUUUCCGUCCUCCUCUUUUUACCAUUAGGGCCCUUUACUAACCCUCCAGGAGAAAACCCUGCCAAUCCACUUCCCGGCAUCCCAUCACUUUGCCAGUAUUACAAGAACAGUAAGAGCAAUAGCAGCUAUUUUCCCCCAAUGCAGUACGUCCGUAGAGCUUUUAAAUAGCUCUAACUUCAGACGGUAACCUAAGCGAGGUCACGUUCGCUUCCGAUGAAAAAAUCAGACUGAUUCCUCUACUGUAGACAUACCUCACCCACCCAGUAUUGAAGAGGGAGUGCUGUGUCAAACAGCUACUUUUUCUUAUGCUAACACUGGCAUCAAAGAACAGACAGGUGGAAGAUGUGAAGCUCUUCAGCUGCCUCCUAUGCAAGGGUGUGAGGGCGGAGGAGAGGCGAAAAAUUGGCUGAAAUGGGGAAGGAAUGAGCGUGUAGUUAACUUAAAAGCAGUUGAAUCUGACGUAACUAGAGCCUGCAAAAAGAUGCAAGAGCACAGAGACACCCAAGGUUUAGGCACGUGAGCUGGCAAGGAAAUGUUCCUUCCAACAGUCCCAGCUUUGGAAUUAACAUCCAUGUCAAUAAAACUCUCACCUAACCUCA